UUUUGCUUGUGACGUAGUUUGUUAGGUAUUCUCCAUGUUGUGUCGCGAUUGCAGACCACCUUACUGAGAAUAUUCUGUUAUUAAUUUCUCUAUCAAAGUUCAUUCUCUUAUAUUUUCAAAAUGGCUAAAGAUACAAUUUAUCUAUGCAAUUUUCGAGUUUCUGUUGAUGGUGAAUGGCUUUGCCUUAGGGAACUGACUGAUGUCCAGUUUGAUUUAACUCAACCACCUCCUCCUGAAAAGCCUUAUGAAGUCAAAGAAGAAAGAGAUCCUGUUUCAAUAGAGAGGUCAAACCUUCUUAAUGUGAUAAAGCUGGUUAUUAAAGAACUCAUUGAAUCAUCUUUAAAAUAUGGUCGUCAACUUGAUUCUGAUCAUGUUCCUCUUCAGCACUUUUUUAUUCUAUUAGAACAUGCUAUGAGGCAUGGUUUAAAACCUAAAAAAGGUCUGUUGGGUCCAAAAAAAGAAUUGUGGAAUGUCUUGGAAACUGUAGAAAAAUACAUGCCUGAAGCUUCUGACAUAACAUCAAGUGUAAGAGAACUUCCUACUGUAAAAACUCAUUUGGGAAGAGCAAGAGCAUGGUUGAGGUUAGCUUUAAUGCAAAAGAAACUUGCAGAUUACUUUCGAAGGCUAAUUGAUAGAAAGGAUGAAAUUUUAAGGGACUUUUAUGAAAGAGAUGCUUUAAUGAUGUCUGAAGAAGCUGUAAUUGUUGGUGGCCUUCUUGUAGGACUAAAUGUUAUAGACUGUAAUUUAUGUGUGAAGGAAGAAGAUUUAGAUUAUCAGCAAGGUGUCAUUGACUUCAGUUUGUAUUUGAGGGAAUCAAAUGGCGAAGUACAAGUACCAGAAGGGGUUGAUACAAAUAAUUUUACUGCUGUCUUGGAUCAAAAAAAUUAUAUUGAAGAACUGAAUCGACACCUUAAUGCUACUGUAACAAAUUUACAACAAAAAGUAGAACAACUACAGACAACUAAUGCCUUGAUGAAAGAAGAUUUAGCUAUAUCAAAGAAUCAAAUAAUAACAUUACAAGAUGAAAAUGCUCAGCUUCGUAAACUGUGUGAUCAACUAACAUUAGAAAAUAAAAAGAAACUCGAAGAAGUUAAAGUAGAUAUGAUUGCAGAGAGGGAAACAUACCAGACAACUCAAGUUGGUCUUGAUUCUAUGUAUACAGAUAUUAAAAAUCAGCUUCAAGAGGAAAUUUCCAAAAGGCAGGUUGGUUUUACAUGGAAUGAUCCAAUGCUAACUUCUCUACAGGAGCUAGAAGUUGAAUGUGAACUACAAAGGACUUUGAGAGAUGAAGCAGAAGUAGCCAUGAAACUUCUGGAGAAAGAUAUACAUGAAAAACAGGACACCAUUCUGUCAAUGAGAAGACAACUAGAGGAUAUUAAAGCUAUAAAUCUGCAACUUUAUAACAAGUUACAGGAAUGUGAGAAAGCUCUAAAGACAAAAUCUGAAUAUGCCUCUGAAUUGGAAGCAAAAGUUGUUGAACUGAACAAAUCUCUUCAUGAGCUGGAGGAUAAGAGUUAUGAUCUGGUGAUUCUCAAAAGUAAAAAUGAGGAGCUAGUCAGGAAGUUUGGUGCUCAGUUAGCCGAAAAAGAUCAAAUUAGGUCAGGCUUGGAGUCAGAUCUAAGAAUCGAAAGAGAACUACGUACAUCUUUGCAGUCUACUGUUGAUGGGUAUGAAAAACAGAUAACUAAUCUCAAAGAUACUGUAAAGAAACUACAAAUCAUGGCACAAGAAUAUGAAAAGUUGAAAAUUAAUCAUUCACAACUGCAGAAGUUACACGAUGAACACGAAAGAACAUUAGAAGAAAUGGGAACUCAGUUAAAAGAAUCAAAACUAAAAAUAGAAGAUAUGAAGGAAAAUCAAAUGGCUCUGAAGGAAGCAGUCUGGACUCAUGAUAAACAAGCAACAAUAUGUAGACAAUGUAAUAAAGCUUUUUCAGUAGCAAGGCGAAAGCAUCAUUGUAGGCAUUGUGGUGACAUAUUUUGCAAUGCAUGUUCAGAUAACACUAUGCCUCUACCAUCUUCAGCAAAACCAGUCAGAGUUUGUGACGUAUGUUAUACCCUUCUACUGCAGCGAUAUUCUGCUUCAGCCGAAUGGAUGAUGGAGUGAAAUGUAGCAUUAUAUUAAACAACCAAAGUGUUUUUGUAUAAAUAUACACAUAUAUAUUUAAAAUUGUUGAACGUCUAGGUUUUAUACUACAAGAGAUACAGCAUUUUGUAUUAUAUAAAAUGUUUUCCCUUUAGUUGUGAUUAAAGGGAUUAAAAUGUAUAUUUAAUUGUAUAAUUAAAUUUUUUAUUGAGGUGUAAAACAAAAUUUUGUGAGAUCUAAUUAAGACUUUUUACUUGAAAUGUUGCUCAUCUUGAGAUAAUAUGAAUAAUUCAGUGAAAUGUAUAGAAAAUAUAUUUUUACAUUGAUGUCUAUUAAUAUAAAAUAAGUUAAAAAGAGGAUUUAUAAAUUAAAAGUAUAAUGAGGUAUUUUGCCUUUAUGUGAAUAUGUAUUAACUGAACAUGAGCAUCAGUUGUUAGUGUUUUGCCUUGAUUUACACAGAAGUAACAUUUAUUUCUAAGUAGUAUAGUAUUUAAUGAAUUAAUAUAUUAAUGUUUUGUAAUAAAUAAUCAGAAGCAGGAAGUUUAAUUACAAAUAUUUAUAUAUGAGUAAGAAACAGAAAAACUAUGAGUAUUUAAUUACAUAAUUAUGUAUAUUUAUUAUGAAAAAUACUAAUAUGGCAGCUUUUAUCAAUUUGCAUGUUAAUAAAAAAUUACAUUUUCUGAGUAAUAAUAACAACAGAAAAAAAAUAUGCUUUUAAAAAAAAAUUUAGAAAGCUGAUGAUGAAGAUCUGAAAUUCUGUAUAGCAACCAAAUCUAUUGGUUCCUAUACAGAAUUUCUGAUCUUCUGUUCACCAUGAUAAGGAUAAAAUUAAAAAUAGGUAGAAAAGUAUUUGUUACAAUGGGAAAGGAGGAUAUGCUUUAUAAUGGCUGUUUUAUUGUAUGCAUAAAAUAACUAGGUGUAAAAAUUAAAGCUGUAUGAAAGAGCAAUCCUUUAUCUGUUCUGACUAACUUUUCUUAUAUUAGGUUGAGUAAUAAAUAACUUCUUUUUUUCAACAGACAUUUAUUUUGCUUUCAGUAAAUAAUACAAUUUAUUUAUUAUGUAUGGCCUUCUCCUAUCGUCAUGGCAGCUUAUCAAUUUCCUUUUUGUAAAAUUUGGUUGGUUUGGACUGAAAGAAAUUUUUGACAGCCUGACUGACUUAUUCUUCAGAAUUGAAGGUGUCUGUAUUAAAAAAGUUUUGUAAAAAACAGGAAAAGUAAUAAUCUGUCAGGGCAAGAUCUGUGGAGUAGGGUGGAUAUAAUAAAAUAGACCUUCCAAACUUCAGAAUUUUUUGGGGGUCAUCAUUGCUGUAUGUGGCCAUGCACGUUUCUCGUGCAUACUUUUCAGCUGCUGAAUGUAUCUGUAGUAAUCAUUAAAUUUGACUUCAACAACUCAUGAUGAAUUACACUUCGGCAAUCCGUUUAUUCAUAUAAUAAAAUCAUUUUGCUGUGCAUGUUUGCUUUCGAAUCUGUGAGGAGUGGUUGAUCCUUAUCAAGCCACUGUCUUUUGUGGAUGAUAAUAUCAUUGACAAUCCAAUUUUCAUCACCUAUUGUAAUCCCAUCUUAAAAAAAGUCUCGAUUUUGACACUUGAGAGCAGACUUGUGGCAAUUGACAUGUGAUCUUAAUAUUCACCGAGUUUGUCAAUUACCUAACUUGCUGAAUUUCUCUAAUUCCUCCAGCUUGUGACAAGCAGUUGGUUGUAAUAUAUUAAGCCUUUCUGCUAUACCUCUUGUUAAUUGAUGUAGAUUUUGUUCCAGUAUUGCCUUUAAAAGGUCAUUGUCAAAGUCAAAAUGAUAUUCCACCCUAAGUUUAUCUUUUAAGGUUGUAUCUCCAGAACAAAAUUUGACUAACCAAUUUCUAAGUGCUUGUUUGGUUAUUAGUUCUUCAUCAUACACACUGCAUAUUUUUUUAGCUGUUGUGUAACAUCGUUGAAUUUUUUAAAUUCUCUAGGUAUCACAUGACAAAUAUGCACUUUUCCACUGUCUGUUUAAGUGUGUCCAUUGUCUGUUGCAUAUAACAUUUACAAAAAGUAAUCAGAAUACUAAAUGAAUCCUUAUCAAGUGAAAGCAAAAGUUUGUUUUCCCAUCACUCAUAGUGGGCAAAUACAAAUUCUGCCUGCCUGCAUUGGAAGUUAUUUAUGACUCAACCUGAUUUAAUAAAUUUUAGCAUAAAACAUUAUUCAGAACAUUUUCAGAAAGUGGUUAUAAUAAAUAACAUGUCUAUAUAUAGUCAAUAACAUGUAUAUUCAGUCUGUUUGUAAGAUAUAUGAAUCCCUCAAAAAGGUUUUUGCAGUAUUUCUGUCUUGUAAUAAACUAUCAGGAUUGAUUUUUCUAUUAUUUCAAUAAUUUUAAUGGGUCUUAAUGAAUGUGAUUAACCAUAUCAAUAAUAAUUUACUUUCUCUAAUAACAACUGAAGUUAAUAGCAAAAGUAGUAAGUUUAAAAAAUUAAUUUUAGAGUUUUUCAAGAAAUAAAUAAAUCUAAUUUAUAGAAUUUUAUUUAAAAAACAUUAUUUAAAAAUUAACUAUUAGGCUUCUUGAUGAUUUAGUUCUUAUUGAGCUGUGGUUAAUAAAUAUUAUGUAAUAAAGUAACUGCUUAAAUGUGAAAAAAAUGAAGUGUAAAGAAUUUUUAAAAAUUGAGCCAUUUUUGCAUGUUGCUUAAAUAUCAAACUACCCUUUUUAUAAUUCCAAUAUAAAGUAUAUCUCAUAUUUAGAAAAUUUACCACAGAAUCUUUUACCCACAUCUCAUGGAAGAAACACCUUUAUUAUUGUCUGGACCAUUAAAUAACUAAAGUUUUAAGUGAAAAGAACUUGAUGAUAACACAUGUUGUAGUGUAUGAAAGAUACCCGACAUUUCAUAGCUUGAAUUAUUCAAAUAACAUGUAAUAGGAAGCGAACUAUAUUGCACAUUGUUUUACUGUAACAAACUCUUCUUGCUAGUAAAAUUGUCAUCAGUUUUGAAUUGUUUACUGUAAUUUCUUAAAUGCUUCACAGUAUGAUUUAGUACUGAUAAUUACAGUAUUCAAUACAAAAUACAUGAAAUAUAAUUUGCAUAAAAUUAGUACAUGUAUAAAUUGAUUUCUAAUUUGCAAUUAGAUUUUCUCCACUGAAUGUUUCUUUGAAUAUUUCUUUUUCCAAGGGAUGACUAUACCACUUAAGUUAAAACUUUUUUUAGCAAGUUUAAGUUAGGUUAUUUACCUGUUGCAAAGCAUUGAAUGCUACCUUGUCUUAGAAGGGAUCCUUGAUGGAGAAUAUAAGAGAAAUGUGCUUAUAUUUAUCCUAUACCUGAAAAAAGUUACAUGCAGCCAAACCAUUCAUUCAUCAUGAAUUGUCAGUGUUCAGUAGCUUAUCUAUUCAGCUAUUUUGGGCUUUUCUGGAAUUAUCAAGAAUACAUGUAUCUCAUUAAUAGUGAUAAUAUGCUCAAAAAAACAACUUUGAUAAUGAUGCACUAAAAAUCAAUGCAGUUUUGUUUUAUACUUAACUGUUUUUGCAGCUGGAACAGUUUUUUUUUUUUUUAAGAAGUUUUUAUAGUUUAGCAAUGUAAACAUAUAUAAAUUUUAUUUCUGUACUGAAAAUACUGUUAAAUUGUUUGUUGUGUCAGAUUUUAUCAGUGAUAUCUGCCUCAUUUUUCAUCAUGCUCGUUAUGGUUAUUACUAAGCAUCCCUAUUUUUCUUUACUUUUUUUAGUCUGUUACAAUUUUAGAGUACAGUGAUUUGCCCCUUAGUUUCUUCUCCUCUCCCAGGUAUUUUUAAAUAUUAAGUGUAAGGAUUUUUGAUAAUUUUGAAUUCAAUUAAAUAGGGUUUUAUUGUUAAAAUUAAACUGAAACCUAUUUAUUUGGGAAUCAAAAAGAUAAACUUGAAUUGUGGGUAAUGCAGUAUAUCCUCAUUCUAUGCAAAAAUUACAGUAUUAAGAUCAUACUGUGUAUGAAUAGAUUUGUCCAUCUUCAUUCGUCUUCUGGUGCUGUAUUUUUAUUUAGGAGUAGCAUAUUCAGAUUAGAUUGAGUUUAUUAUAAUAUAUCUAUAGUGAUGUUUCUAUAUAAGAAAAGUGCUCUUCCUCCUGCUUUAUUUUAUUUAUUUAUUUAUUAUUUUAAUUCUGAAAGGUUUCAGAUUUUAGUGGUUGCCAAAAAGGGUUAGUUUUUAACACUCUUGCUGAGUCUGCUGUUACACUCACUCCUGCUAACCUAUUUCCUUUUGUCUUAUAGCUUUAUUAUUAAACAUCCUUUUCUUCACGCUUACACCAUACAAUUGAACAUCAAAAUUGCAAAAAUUUUAAAAGCAGUAUAGUUUAGGAUUCCCAAUGCAGUGUUAAGUAUUGGCAUACAAUUUUCUAUUUUUUCUGUCUUUUCUAAGUUUAUCAUUUGAAUUUUCUUAGUAAGUUGGUUUACAAAACUUUUUUUAGUCUUUUUAUUAUUAACAUUUUGUGUGUUAAUUGUAUUUAUUAAAUAUCAUGUUUUUCACACUUACACCACAUAAAAUUCAACUGAACAAAAAAAAUCACAAAAUAUUUAAAAACAGCACAUCUUCAAAAUUUCCAACAAAUAAUCUUGUGCUCUGGAUUUACACACACAUGCAUGUUUCGAGAGCAUUUGGGCUAUAUUUCCAAUACACACUCGUGCUGAUGAUAAAGAUGUUACAUUCUGUACGGUGUUGCCACUACUCACUCUCAAAUCAUUGAGUUUGUUAAUCAAAAAUUCAUUAAAGAUUUACAAACUAUGAAAUAUAUAGUGAAGCAAAUUCAAAACUAAAAAUUUGGGUUUGCAAGUGCAUGUUUAGGUGGAGGACUAUGAUAUUUGGAAUUAGAUGGCUGUAUGAAUCACCUUUUUUUUUUCACGAUGUGAGAAAAGUACAUACAUUCGUGCAGAUUCUUCAGAUUUUAAUUUCUUUAAAAAUCAUAAAGAGCAAUGGCAACAAUUUGAAAAGUGAUUCUCCGCUUAUAGUGAACUGACACAAAAUACCAUUUCAAGAUUAAUAGCCCCUUUUGGGCUAAAACAGCUAUUGCAUUGCUUAACUUGAGACUAAUGCUACAGUGUGUCGUAAGACGAGCUUUGCUUGUCAAGCAGGCCAGACUGUGACCUAAAUAAAUACUGUAGUAUAGCUGUAUUGUUCAUUUACAUAAUAAACAGAUAAUCUCUGUGAAAAAAGAUACGAAAUUCAACAGCACUAAAAUAAGUAAGUGUUAAAAUUUCACAACAGACUAAACUUUAAUAAAUUAAAGCUCUUAAACAUCUUUAUAACCAUGUCUUAUUAGUGAGUAUAUUAUUUAUUACAAAUAUUUGUUUUUAACAAAUAAUUUUAUACAUUAUAUUCUUGUAUGAAUUUAUGGACAUUUACUAAAAUUAUAAGGAGUUAUAUUUUAUUUUUCUCAAAUAUUUAUUGUUAAUAAUUAAUCUUAUAUGCAUUGUAUUUUGUUAUGUAAAUGUAUUCAGUCAUUUUUAAAAGCUUUUAUUUGUUCAUAUAACAUAUUUAACUCACUUCUCAAUAUAUAUAUAUAUUAUGAUAAGUGCGUGUAAAGUUUAAAUAAAUAUAAUUAUAUGAAAUGUGCAUGUAGAAUAUAAUUAUAUAAAAUGUUCUUUGUAUCAUGUAAAUAAUUUCAU